AUAGGUAUGUUAACCGCUUUGAGCAUUACAUACUUUCCAAGAGGCAGAUGCUUAAAACAUCGAAGAAAAUGACGAAGAGACACGCCGUUCUACUACUACUUGUCUUUGCAAUUAUAUUCUCCUGCAAUGUCCUGAAGUGUGGUGCAUACCAGAACCAAGUGGCAUUCUCUCGCAAAGAGCUGAAAGCAGAACAGAAAGUAUCCUUUACUGGAAUGAGUCCAUCGCUUGGCGGGCUGGUUUCCGGCGCGACCAAUGCAGGAGGUGCAAGCAAUAAGGCUGAAAUAUCAAACGUCGAAACUACAUCUGCCACAGAGUCCCACCGCGACGUCUCAUGGGAACAGUUCCGUGGUAUCAUCAUCCACAACCACCAGGUCAAGAAACCAUAAUGAUGAACUAAUAUAAAAUCGAAGAACCAUGGGCAUGCACCAACAUGAUAUAUAUCCAUGGAUGGACUAAUUAUCAAGUUGGCGAUUUCUACACUAAGAUGUGGUUUUUCUGUUAUUAUAUUUGUGUGUAAUGUUAUAUAGAACUGGUAUGCUAUAAGAAUUUGAUGGUGUGUUGGACUAUCAAGCUAUUUAUAGCUGUACUAAUUAUUGUACACAUACUAUUGUACUACGCUGCAGAAUAAACAUGCCCACGGUCCAUGGUAUUGCCCACUAUUUAAGUAUAAAUUAUAAUUAUAUCUA